CAAUUGGGAUUUACGGAGACCCAUAUUCGAACUGCUGUCCAAGUGGAACCCAGAAUUCUCCUUGCUAAUGUCAAGAAGAUCCUUGAACCAAAGCUCAGGUUAUUUCAAGAACUGGGUCUCACGGGACCAGAUUUGGGUCAUUUCAUCUCGAUUAACGCAACUCUUUUGACCUACAGCCUUGAUCGAAAGUUGAUCCCUUGCAUUGAAAUUUUCAAGAAAGUCCUGUCUAAUGGUGCCGACAAUCGAGGUUUGAUUCAAGUUUUGYGCAGAUGCAAAUGGAUCACCAGAUACCCAGAUUCAAGACUGUUGCCCAACAUUUCCUUUUUGGAGAGUUGUGGGAUUAUUGGCUCACAGGUCACGAUGCUUUUGAAGCGGCAACCGACCUUGUUUGCUAUGAAACCGUCUAAUCUCAGAGAACGUGUUCACAGGGUUAUGGAGAUGGGAUUUUCUGCAGAUUCGAGAAUGUUAGUCCAUGCGCUCUACACGGUUAGUUGCAUGAGCCAAGCGACCCUUGAGAGGAAAUUCAAUCUAUUUCAGAGCUUUGGAUUCUCAAAAGACGAAUGCAUGUCUAUGUUCAGGAGGAAUCCGGGUUUAUUCAGGACUUCUGAGGAGAAGUUAAAGUYGGGACUUGAGUUCUACUUAUACACUGUUGGGUUUGAAAGAAAAGUAUUGGUUUAUCAGCCGACAUUUUUAAUGAAUAGUUUGGAGAAGAGGGUGAUCCCUCGUUACAGGGUUCUUAGUAUUCUGAAGUCGAAGAAACUGUUGAAGAAGAACCCUAGUUUUGCUCAAGUGUUACUAUUAUCUGAUGAGGUGUUCAAGGAGAAAUUUAUUGCAAUGUUUAUAAAUGAUGCUGAAGAGUUGUUGAUAGCUUAUAAGGGUGAGAGCUCUGAUUCUUCGGAUGAAUGAGCAUCAAUAUUCUGGGGAGAAGUAACUGAUUUGGAGGCUCCAAUCAGAUAUCAGUGAGCUAAAGCUGUAUGGUGAAUUGUUGAAGUUACAGACACAGUUG